AUGGAUAAAUGGUUAAUGAAAGGCCAAAACAAAGAAGAUAGUCCUAAGCUUGAACGUAAAAGGAAACCCGAAAAGGAAACAUCAGAGGCUUCAACUUCUAGUAUAGAAGUAGAAUAUGCUGUUCCCAUUCCCAGUUCCAGUUUGACUUCAGUGGGCUUGGCAACAAGUGAGUCAAAUAAUCCACAAACUAAAAAAAUAAAACGCCUGAAUAAAUUUAAUGAUUUAUGGCUUCAAGAACCAAACUUCUUGAGCUGGCUAUGCAAAGAUUCGAAAAUGAAAGAUGGAAAUGAUUUAGCACACUGUAUGCUUUGUUCGGUGUCGAUCAUAGCGCAUAAAAGUGAUCUGAUUCGACAUAUGAAUUCAGAUCGCCAUAAGAAAAAAUCAUUAGAAAUACAGAAUAUUCCAAAAAUUUCAAAUUAUUUGCCAGUGAUGGAUUUAGAAAUAAAUGUACGAAAAGCUGAACUAAAAUUAGCCGGAGCGUUGGCUGAAAAUAAUAUACCAAUAUCAUUUAGCGACAUCUUGGGCCCACUCUGCAAAGAGAUUUUCGCAGACUCAGUUAUAGCUAAAAAUAUGAAUUUACACAGAACCAAGGCGAUGGCUAUAAUAAAUAAUGUUUUAGGAAACACAUUUUUAGAGGAUAUAUAUGAAAAAUUACGCGGAGAAAAAAUGUUCUUUUCAUUAAUAAUGGAUGAAACGACUGAUCAGAGCUCUUUAAAACAAUGCUGUUUUACUGCUGUUGUCUACGAUGAGAAAACCAAUAAGGUAGAGCAUUUGUUUCUGGAUAUGGUGGAAUUGUCAUCAGGAACUGCUAAGGGACUGUAUGACUGUUUACAUCAAAUGCUUCGAAAUAAAAACAUAUCGAUAGAAAACAUGGUAGGGUUUAGUUCAGAUACCACAAACGUGAUGGUUGGAGAACAUUGCUCUGUUUUUGCUCUUCUUAAAAAAGAUUUGCCUCACAUUGCUCUGGUGAAAUGUUCUUGUCACAUGAUACACCUAUCAUCAUCUAAAGCUUGUCUUAAAUUGCCUCGAAACGUUGAAGAUUUUUUUGCGUUCUGUUGGAGCUCACUUCAGUAG